CUUCAAUCUGGAAGCGAUAGCGAUUUCAGCUAUUAUUGCAAAGCUCUGUUCAUCUUCAUCGAUACUUUUAUCCACAAUCAUGAAAACUUGAGGAAGUCGGAAUGUUCGGGUGUUGGCUGGUAUUGUGACUGUGGUUUUACUCAUGCUGAAGUCAUCAACUACAGCACGACAGCAAAGGUGGAAAAGAGUUUCAAUGGUUGUACAAGUCUAUAUACUGGAGCUAACUUGCAGUUCCAUCUGGAUCUGGAGCAGCCGUGGUGGUUCCAGUGACAUGAGUGGACUGACUGGUCGGCCAUCAACCGUACAGCUGUGCCUGCUUCCCAGUGUCCCUCCCUGAGCACUCUCACUUACCAACGAAAACAACAGCGCAUCAGUGGGGAGUGUCAAGAUAUUGUUG